AUGAAAGCUGCGCAACCACAAAUUCCGGAUGAGGACACAAUGAAAGCGAGACGUCCUCGCAAAGCUACCAAGUAUCGCACCGGAGGGGAAGAACCGCUCGCAAUGGCAGAAACGCCUGCCCGUGCGCUAUCUCAACGUGUAGUAAGACUGACUUUGACCGAGCCGCCAUCGCUUGUGGUCAAGCUGCCGUUGAAGAGAGAGCUCGACGAUGCUCUAGACACAAUGCCUAGGCGCGAUUCGGCGGACCACACGACUAUAGCAGGUGCGGCUGCCGACCUCGAGACCGCCAUGGAGGACACACUAGAACCAGCGGGCCCGUCUACGCCGAAACCGACCGCCGUGGACAAUGAGAUGUCGUCGAAUGCGCUAAAGUUCGAUCCUCGAAUGUACGGUCGCGAGCGGUCUAGUAGAGCACGUCCCACGAAACCGAAGUAUACAGAUACAGAUGUGGUACCUCGCGGACCGCAACCAUCCGCGAAGAAACGCAAAAUCAGCCACAACAUCGAGGACACCAAGUCUCUUCCCACGACGCCGCCUCCUGCACCGAGCCUGGUGCGCACGCCGCCUCAUGAGUCGGUUUCUGUCAUGUCUUUCAUGCCUCCUCCAGCGGCAUCGCACACCGAUUCGCUUGGCAACAUUAGGCCGCUUCGCGAUGAAGUCAGCGAUCGGAGAUAUGUCGAGGCAAUGUUGGACGAGCUACAGACCACCUUGCAGGUGGACCGUAAUACAGUACACAAGCGCUCGGCAGGACGUCUGCGGGAUUUGUUGUCGAUGGCAGAGUAUCCGAACAACAACGAAGCCAAGUUCCUCUCCAAAAACGAAGCUCUUGCAGAAGUGGCGCCCGGGCAAUUCUUCAAUGGCCCCAUUAUUACGGCUGAACAACAGCCUCUCCCAUUGUCGACAGUGCCGGAGUUCCUCGGAGAGUACUACGACAAUACUGCCAAAGCUCAUAUUCAAGACUCAAGCGCCAGGACUGGUAACACCGGGGUCUCAGUGCGUGCAGUCACUAUGCGGCAAGUCAAAGAGCGUUUCAGCUCGAGUAUUCCAAAGGAUAAAGAGUACCCGUGGAACUUAUUGGAGCUCGCAACACACCACGAUGAUGGCCUGAGACCGUUCUUUCUUAGCAAUGAAGACUGUCGGCUGAUCACGAAGCUGAAGAUCCCCAACUCUGCCGAUGAGACGCGUCGUCGCAAAUACGAGCCAGGAUUCAAGGACGUCGAGAAGUGGGCACUCCUCGCACAAGCAGGUGCCCUGACAGAACCCCAUCAGGACUCGCAUGGCUACAGCACUUUCAUCACACUCAACCAAGGCUGCAUUGGCUUUGGCUGGCUCUCACAUCCUUCCGCAGAAGAACGCGCAGCGUGGAGACGAGAUCCCCAGCGCUUCCGAGAUGGAAGAUGGCGCUAUGUUGUCCUCAAGCCUGGCCAAACUGUGUUCUUCCCAGCAGGCACCGUCCACAUGGUCUUCCGCUUACGCGCAGCGGGCGACAGUCUUUCGUUUGGAGGCCAUGUUUUGCGCUGUUCCAACAUCGUACAUUGGGUCAAGACUCUCUUGGAGGAGCACGAGAACCCGAAUAUCGUGAAUGAAGACUUGAGCGAAGCGGCGUUGGGCUAUCUCGAUCGCGUGGAGAGGUUCGUGGAUCAGGCGAAGAAGCUUGGUCAAGAGGACAAGUGGGGAGGAGCGCAAUCUAUCGCCGAAUUCAAGAAACUGAAGAAGCGUUUCGUGGAUCUGCCUAAGCCUAAGGAGCCUAAGAGCAAGAAGACUGCGAAUGCUGCGACUUGA